UCAUAGAAUGCAGCGAAUGAAGCUUAUAGUUUUUCUGUUUGUUCUCUGCUGGAACAAAUGUCUGGCGAUAGACUUUUGUAAUAUGCCUGAAUGCCAAGGCGUGCACCAUUUGGGCUGCGAAAAUAAUUUGACCUUUCAUGAGAGUUGCUUGCGCACCCGUAUACUGUUUAACAUGCAAGUCUACAGGGACUACCUACUCAAGCUGCACAAUAAGUACCGUGAAGAUGUGGCAUCUGGAGAAAUCAGGGGGCUGGCUAAGGCCAGUCAUAUGCCCGAGCUAAUUUGGCAUUUUAAGCUGGCUCUGAUUGCCGAGUAUCAUGUGAAGCGUUGUUUACAAAGCCUCGACUACUGUAUGGCCGUUUCUACAUUUGCGACUCCAGCUUUAAACUAUGGCAUGAAUUGGCUCGAUAUUAAGUCGCUGCCCAAAUACGUGCCAUCGACCAACUCCGAGAAACUGACUGUUCAAACGGAACAGUGGAUGCACCAGGUGUACAGGCUGGGACUAAAUAUAUUUGAUGAGGAAGAACUCAAUGAGAUCAAAAAUAUACUCAACGACAACAACAGCUACGUAGGCUGUGCGGCCGCUGAGGAUUUGGACCGGGAGGCCAGUCGUUUUGUUCUCAUUUGUUAUUAUAAUAAUCAGAGAGAACCGUCUUCCCCACUCUAUACGGCGGGCACAUUCUCAGCCGAUAAGUGUGUCGAGGGCGUUAGCGAAGACUAUCCACAUCUCUGCAAGACGCUUCCUGAUAAAUUUGACUAAUAAACACAUAAUUAAGCAACAACUAAUACGUUUCACUACUGAUGACUUUUUAAUU